UCAGUAUUCAAGCCUGGACAGGAAACCUACUCCCAACAUUAGCUGGAAGCUGAGCUCCAGCACACACUGUUCGAUCUACUGUAGGACUACAGAGAUGUAGAACAGCUAGUUUCAUCGGUGGAAUCCUGCACUAUUCACUGCAAAGCAACACCAGGAGGGCUGAAGACAAUAAACCUUUACCAACUCUAGAAUAGAGACUGAAGAGUGAUAUGGCUGACCUGGUGCCAGGAUUACUCAUUUGUCUGAUGGCAGUGCAGACCAUUCAGCAUAACGGAAACAGAACUAUGACCAAAACCAAUACUUCAACUGGUGCCAUACCAAAAACUUUCAAAGGGACGACGCGUGUACUUAAUCACACAAACAAGUUGCCAGCCCUGCUCCAUCCCAGCACAAACCCUUGGCUCAAUGUGAAUCCUGAUGACCCAGUGACGGCCUACACCACAGGGAUCCUUAGCACUUGGAUCAUACCUUUAACGUACAUCCUAGCUAUGCUGGUGGGUAUCCCCUCCAACGCAUACAUUCUGGCCUUCUUCAGAGUCAGACUCAGACCAAAGUCCUUAUCCAUGACAGUCCUUUAUCUGAAUCUGGCUUUGUCGGACCUACUGCUCCUGCUGUCCCUGGCGCUGCGUGUUCACUACCACAUCAACAGAAACAACUGGAUAUUUGGGGAAAUAUCCUGCAGGUUUAUUACAGCCUUGUUUUAUGGCAAUAUUUACGGUUCAACUCACACUAUAGCAUGCAUCAGUCUGAAGCGCUACCUGGCUGUGGUCAGACCAUUUCUGUACAGAAGGUUGGCUAAGACUACGCUGGCGCUGUGGAUGUGCUUGGUUGUAUGGUUCCUGUUUGGGGCUGCUAUUCUCCCUGAGCUCCUGGUCAGGCAGAGCUACCAGGUCACCCAGCUGGGAGUCACCACCUGUCAUGAUGUACUUCCUCUAGAGGAGCCAUCACAUUUCCACCUGGUGCCAUACAGGCUGAUGUUGGUUUGUCUGGGCUUCAUCGUGCCUUUCCUAAUUUGCAUCUAUGCCCAUGUGGCAGUUGUGUACCACCUAGGUCAGUCUGGUUGUGACUGGAAACCUUUUAUCAGGGUCAGCACUCUGGUCUUUGUCAUCUUUGUGGUGUGUUUCUUGCCCAGUGGCAUCCUGCACAUCAUCCACUACAUCCGCCUAUUUUCCCGUGGGGACGACAGCUUGUACGGAUACUACAAAGUAGCAGUUUGUCUCUGCUGCGUCCACAGUUGUCUGGAUCCCUUCCUGUGUUUGCUCAUUUCCAAGACUGCAGCUUCAGAACUACAAUUCAUCUCUCUCCGUGGGAUAUCUCAGAGACCAACGGGUAUGACGUGAGACUGGAAGUGUGGGCAUAGAAAAAAAACUUCCCCUUGCUGGACUGAUGUUUUCGGAGCAGGGAAGCACAAAAAACAAAGAUGUGAAAGUUAAGACUGGACACUGUGAAUUUAACAGACUUCAACCUCUGUUG